CGGACGGCAGCGACUUCCAGCACCGGGAGCGCGUCGCCACGCACUACCAGAUGAGGACCCGGUGCGAAGCAGUGCUUCGUAGUUCCAUUAAUAAUCUAAGUGACGGCAGGAAGCACAUGUCCACGGGAGACCCAAGGUAGAGUGUGUUCCUGGACACGUUGGAUCUGCAAGGUGUUUGAGGAGUGGGAGGGCUGAAGCAAUGGGUGCACCCCCCAACCCGAUGCUGGCCCCUUUCCUGUCAUUUUUCUCCCACACCAGGGCCCCGUUGUCUUUCAGGUGGGGCACUGGAAGUUUUUGGGGGCUGAGUCCCUCCAUCCCUCCACGUCCCUCCACGUCCCUCCACAUGGAAGAAGGAAUGUGCCCGGGCUGGCUGGCUAGGACGGGGGAGGAGCUUUGCAGCAGGGCGGGGUCAGGGCAGGCCGAGGCAGGGCUCCUGCUGGUGCUGUGCACAGUGGGGCCCUGCUGCCCCCGUGCAGGCCGCGCAGCCAUGUUCCCUGCUCCCUGACCCUGCAGAAGCCCAUGGGGAGCCCCGGAUGGGCGCCCCUGCUCCUGCUGGCCGUUGGCCUCUGUGCCCCUGGUGGGAUCGUCUGUUGCCGCUCGCCCUGCCGGAGCACCCACAGUCUUCUGGCCCUUCACACAGGGAGGUGCCAUUGCCAGGAGAGCAGUUUGACUGGAAGCCCCGCCUGUGCACCCUGCAGUUCCCUGUUGGCACUGCUCCCCAGAAGGCUCCGGCACGUUCCGGUCUGGCACCUGCGUGUGGCGUCAGAUGCCUCAGGCCUUCAGAGGGGCUGCUUCUGCCUCUCAGCGUGGAAAUCCAGGAAGUCUUACAUGUUCAAGUUCUGUAGGCGACCCAGGAUGCCGGCGCCCGCUCAGAGGAGGCUCCUGGGUCGCCAUUGCCUGUCUGGGAAGGGCCAUCACCUUUCCGUGCCCUGCCCAGACACGUGCCACAGGGGGCUGCGCUCCAAAAGGACCCAGCCUUGGUACCCAGAUGCAGCAGCACGUCGCCCGGGCCUGGGCUCGCCGAGGCGUGGAGGGCCCGACUUCUCCUUUGAGUUGCUGCCGGAGGCUCGGGUGAUUCGGGCAACCGUUCCGCCAGGCCCCGAGGUCCAUCUGCGUCUUUGUCAUCAGUGGGCACUGGAAUGUGAAGAGCUGAGCAGCCCCUUCGACACCCAGAAAAUCGUGUCUGGGGGCCACACUGCUGACCUGCCUUACGAAUUCCUCCUGCCCUGCCUGUGCAUAGAGGCAUUCCACCUGCAAGAGGACACCGUGAGGCACAAGAAGUGUCCCUUCCAGAGCUGGCCCGAAGCCUAUGGCUCAGACUUCUGGAAGUCAGUACACUUCAGCGACUAUAGCCAGCGCGAUCAGAUGGCCAUGGCCCUGACCCUCCGCUGUCCACUGAGGCUGGAGGCCUCCCUGUGUCAGAAGCAAGAUGGGCACACCCUCUGUGAAGAUAUCCCCAAUGCCACAGCUCGAGAGUCAGAGGGGUGGUAUAUUUUGGACAAGGUGGACUUACACCCUCAGCUCUGCUUUAAGUUCUCCGUGGGAAACAGCAGCCAUGUGGAAUGUCCCCACCAGACUGGGGCUUGCACAUCCUGGAACGUGAGCAUGGAAACCCGGGCCCGGCAGCUGAUCCUUCACUUCUCCUCGAUGGUGCAGGCCGCCUUCAGUGCUGCCUGGAGCCACCCAGGCUUGGGGCAUGACCCCUUGAUGUCCCCCAUUUACAGUGUCAGCCAGACCCAGGGCUCAGGCCCAGUGGCACUGGACCUCGUUAUUCCCUUCCUGAGGCCGGGGGGCUGUGUCCUGGUAUGGAGGUCAGAUGUCCAGUUUGCCUCGAAGCGCCUCUUAUGUCCAGAUGUCUCUCACAGACGCCUGGGGCUCUCGAUCGUGGCUCUGCUGGCCCUCGCCACCCUACUGGGCGUGGUCCUGGCCCUCACCCGCUGCCACCCACUGUCAGGCCCAGACCCAGCACGGCCAGUGCUGCUCCUGCACGCGGCGGAGUCCCAGGAGCAGCGGCGCCUCGUGGGCGCGCUGGCUGAACUGCUGAGGACGGCGCUGGGCGGCGGUCGGGACGUGAUCGUGGAUUUGUGGGAGGGGACGCGCGUGGCGCACAUGGGCCCGCUGCCGUGGCUGUGGGCAGCGCACGCGCGCGUGGUGCGAGAGCGGGGCACGGUGCUGCUGCUGUGGGGCCCGGCCGGCGGCUCCGACCCCCGCACCGCGCCCCUGCACGCCCUGCUGAGCGCCGCGCCCCGCCCGCUGUUGCUGCUGGCCUACUUCAGUCGCCUCUGCGCCAAGGGCGACAUCCCUCGGCCGCUGCGCGUCCUGCCGCGCUACCGCCUGCUGCGCGACCUGCCGCGCCUGCUGCGGGCUCUGGGCGCGCGCCCCUGUACCGCAGCCGGGGGCCCGGGCUGCCCCGGAGCCCGGCAAGGCUUGCGGGGCCGCCUGGAACUUUGCCGCCGGCUAGAGCGCGAAGCUGCCACGGUUGCCGGCCACGUCUGACAGCUCCACUGCCGUCGGGUGCCGGCCAGCACCUCCUUGGGCCCUGGAACCUCUGGGGUGCUACCACGGGACUACCUGCGGAAAAGCCUUUGUCUGCCUCGCGGCAGGUGUCCCAGCCUGUCCUCCACAGCCUGGCGGUCACCGUCCCUAGGGAGAGGCCGGCCCUUUACUGAGAGCCCCGGCGGACCCUCGUCCUCUCUCCUAGCCCCCAGAGGGUGCGAGCCGCAACUGCUGUAGGCUCUGAGGGAGGGGCGGGGGGCUCUGGUCCCAGAAGAGGCUCAGCCCUGGGUGGCCAGGAGACCAGAGAAAAAUAAACACGGAGGUGACGGAAGCCGAGCUGCACCAUGUACUUGUCUAGUUCUCCACUGUGUUGGGGGUAGGCGGGGUCGCACUGUGCCACGUGCCCAGCCACACGCACCUGUCACCCCCCCCAAAGCAGGGCUUCCCCGGAGAAGAGGGGAAGCAGCGCCCGUCGUCUCUCAGCACGAGGGGACCCUGGCUGUGGGCCCUGGGUUCUUUCCCUGCAAGCCCACUUUCUGGUGCCCCUCAGCCCUGCCCUCAGAGCCCCUGACCCCCCAAGCGUCACUGCAGCCAGGGGAGUGCGCGAAGGGGCCCAAGGGCCCAGUAAGAGGGGGUCCCAGGGCCUGUGUAUGGGGGGUCCCUUGGAGAAUAGAAAUGCCCCGGCCUCAGCUCUGGUGCCACUGCUGCCCGUCUUCAGGGUCCCCCAACACACACACC